AGAGAAUCCCCUCCGUUGUCGUAUGUCACGGCUAGGCCUUCCCACAGUUCAUAUUGCGAUACUUCAUUCACGAGCUCGGGCUCUAUGUUGUUGAUGAUCCAUCCAAAUACACAAUGAUCCAGUUUUUGCCAUGUCUCGUGGUUGGGAUCUGUUUCUGCCGGUGGUUAUGAGCCCUUCGAGAUAUGGGAUGUUAAACCCUUUCUUCCAAUCGCACGUUUGAUCAAGUUCGCCCAUAGCGGGUAGUUGUCUCCCGAUAACUUGGUUGAGACGACUACCUCACCGAGGUUGUCCGUAUUCACCGUUGUCUGACGUUGGGUGAUUGGCGUGGAGGUUUGGAGGUUUUGGAGAAACUCCGCAAACUUCAUGGCAAUGUCGUCUGUUGAGAAGUUCACCAUAGAACUCUUGCUCUCAUUUUCAGAUUCUGACAUUGUAUCUUUCUGAUGGAUGCAGGCUUCUGCCUUUUGGCUAAGGGUUGGAGAUUUGUAUGUGGGUGGAUAAUGAUGAUGUUAUAUUCUGAGUUCUUAUUGCUCAACCUGCUCUGAUUCCAUAUUGUUUUGGAUAACCGAGAAGGAAGAAGCAUUAGACAUUAUAGGGAAUUUGUUUUCAACUUGUUAUUGUGAAUAUCCUACACCCAUGUAUUUAUAGGGGUGGAGGAGACUCUUGAACUUACACAAUAAAUGAGCAUAGGAACUCUACGUACUUGGGACUCAUGAUAUCAUAAAUGGUAUACUCCUAGGAACUACCAUUUUCCUCUAUAUUCUAACAGGAUCUACUUCAACUGGAUCUACAUCGAACAAUGUUGGAUCGAUUAUGGACGAUCUUACUAAUCCAGGAGGAUCUCUUUUUGAUACGGAUUCAGAUUCAGAUUUAGAGCCAGAAUCAGAUAAUACCACGGUUGAAGUGUCAUACCUACCUGACUGUCCAUCCCAACUAAAGCCCUAUGUAGGACAGAUUUUUCCUAAACUUGAUGAUGCUACUGAGUUCUAUAAUAAGUAUGCACGGCAUGUUGGGUUUGACACUCGUAAACAUGGAUCAAAGAAGGAGGGGGAUCUUGUCACAUGGUUAUAUGUUGUGUGCAGUAGAGAAGGUGAGAAGAAAAAUAAAAUGCAAGGGCAUGAGUCAAAACGCAGACGUUCUUCUAGGAAGUGUUUUUGCAAGUCUAAAAUUGGGAUUAAGUUUUGUAAGGGAAUUGGUUAUGUUGUCAAACAGUUUGAAGAAAAACAUAAUCAUGAUAUGGUUGAGGGACGCCAUAGGCGAUUCAUGAGGCUGAAUCGCAACAUUGAUCUAAUGCAUCAGAAAUUUAUAUUAGAUUGUGCAAGUGCAAACAUAGGUCCUACGUUGACUUUUAAGUUGCUGAAUGAGGUUCUUGGUGGGAUGGAUUACGUUGGGUGUACGGUUGUAGAAGUUCGAAAUUAUAGGCGCGACUUGAGAGCAUUUACUCGUGGGGCAGAUGCACAGAUGAUACUUAAUGAAAUGAGCCGAAAGAAGGAGAAUUGUCCGGCAUUCACUUAUGAUUUUGAGGUGAACUCCAAAGAUAGGCUCACUCGUCUUUUCUGGUGUGAUCCCAUUGCUAAGAAGAAUUUCCAUCUCUACGGUGAUAUAGUAUCGUUUGACACAACCUAUUCAACUAACAGGUACUGCAUGAUAUUUGCACCGUUCACAGGAAAAGACAACCAUGGAAGACAUGUAACAUUUGGUGCAGGCUUAUUAUCUAAGGAAAAUGCCGAUUCUUUCUCAUGGUUGUUUGAACGUUUUGUCAAAUGCAUGGGUUCUGCACCAAAAUUGAUCAUUACUGAUCAGGAUUUGGGAAUGAAGGUUGCUGUGGAAAGAGUCCUUGUUGAUACAAGACAUCGAUGGUGCAUGUGGCACAUCAUGUUUAAAGUUGUGGAAAAGUUACCAAAGAGUCAACUUGGCAAUGAAGAUUUGAAAAAGGAGUUAAAUAGUUGUGUUUGGUCUGAGUUGAUAGAGCCUGAAGAAUUUGAAGAAUCCUGGAAUAAUGUAAUGGAAAAAUAUGGGCUUAAGGACAAUGAGUGGUUUACCUCUAUGUUUGACUCACGAAAAUAUUGGGUUCCUGCAUAUUUUAGGGAUUUUCCAAUGAGUUCACUGAUAAAGACCACAUCUAUAUCUGAAUCUCAGAACAUAUUCUUCAAGAGGUACUCCAAGUCUCAAUCUAAUCUUGUUGAAUUUCUUAUGUAUUACAACAAUGCAUUGGAUGGUCAAAGGAGCAACAAUAAUAGGCUUGAAUACUUGGAUUUUAACACAAUUCCAACUUUGAAAACAAAUUCGGCUCUUGAGAAGCAUGCAUCAACAAUUUACAGUGACAGUGGUUUCAAUCUAAUUCAGAGUGAGAUUGAGGAAGCAGUCGAUAAUGUCACCAUGGUGACAGUGUCAACCGUUGGUGAGAAUGAGAUUUAUGUGUUGAAUGAUAAGUUCUCAAAGAACUGGACAGUUUCAUACUCAAUUUCUUGUGAUUCAUAUGCAUGUGGUUGUAAGAUGUUUGAGAGGCUUGGGCUCGUUUGCAGUCACAUAUUUUGGAUCUUGAGAAACAAAAAAUUGAAGUUAGUCCCUGAUGAGUUACAUGGAGGACGCUGGUUGAAAUCUAAAUUUGUCAAGCCUGUGCAUUUUGGUUUUGAUGAUAAUAUUGAGUCAUUUAUUGUUGUGGAUGACACGAAGCAGGAAUACAGGGAUAUGCAUGCAGUUUUUUAUGAUAUCACACGGCUUAUAGAGGGAGAUGGUGAUAAAAUUCGUGCAUUUAGACAUAUUAUGGCUGAAGGGAAAAAAGAAGUACUUGGUGAGGGAAAUGUAUUGUCUAUAAGUGAAAAGAGACAGAUGAUUGAGGAUUUUCAUGGCUCAGAAGUCCCUAGCCGAAGAACAUUAAGUAAGAUCGCGGAGCUAAACAAUGCUGCACUGAAGGAAGACUAUGUUACUGCACAAGAGCUAUAUAAUGAAACCCCAAACUUGAUCAGAACUCCCAUAACAGGAGGUGAAGUCGCACUUCACAUAGCCGCAGUCGAAGGCCAUGAAACCUUCGUCUCAAAGUCAUUGGAAAUCAUGGAAAAAGAUGACGUGGCAGCUCAGAACGUGAUAGGUGCACUGCACUAUGCUUCGCUGCAACUGUUGGCCACAUCAAAAUUGCUAGAUUAA